AUGGGUAACAGCCAGGGCAAGCCCGUCGAUCUCGACGGAGAAGUGAACCUGAAUCACUUCCGCCUCCUACGAGUCGUCGGUCGAGGAGCCUUUGGCAAGGUUCGAAUUGUUGAACGAAAAGAUACCGGGCUAUCCUUCGCCCUAAAAUAUAUUCGCAAAGAUGAAGUCGUUCGGUCGGAAAGUGUACGGAAUAUUAUACGGGAGCGGCGAAUGCUCGAGCAUGUGAAUCACCCCUUCAUAUGCAACUUGCGGUACAGCUUUCAGGACAUCGAGUACAUGUAUCUCGUUGUCGACUUGAUGAGUGGUGGCGAUUUACGUUUUCAUAUAUCAAGAAAGACCUUCACAGAAGAUGCCGUCCGAUUCUGGAUCGCGGAACUGGGCUGCGCGUUACGGUACAUCCAUGGCCAGGGCAUUAUUCACCGUGAUGUCAAGCCCGAUAACGUUCUGUUGGAUGCUGAUGGACAUGUCCAUUUGACUGAUUUUAACGUUGCGUCCGAUAUUAUUCCAGGAAAGAUUCUCACAAGCAAGUCUGGAACCCUCGCCUAUCUUGCGCCCGAGGUGUAUGCGGGCAAGGGCUAUGACUGGAGAGCCGAUUGGUGGUCGCUUGGUGUGCUGUUCUACGAGUGCAUAUACAAUAAGCGGCCGUUCGAAGGCAACUCAGAGUCAACGCUCAGCAGUAUGAUCCAGGCCGCAAAUCCGAAAUACCCUAUCACCUCACCUCCAGUUUCAUUACUGUGCUUGUAUGCGAUCCGGGACGCCUUAGAAUCUAAUCCCGAUAAACGACUUGGCGCAACAUGGGAGAGCUUCACGCGACACGAUUUCUUCGCAGUCCUUGAUUUCGAGGCCCUAGAGAGGAAGCAAAUCGAGCCCGUAUUUGUGCCCUCUUCCGAGAAGACCAACUUCGAUGCGACAUAUGACCUGGAGGAGCUCCUCCUUGAAGAGGCGCCAUUGGAAGCCAGAGCUCGAAGACAGAAGCCAAGAGAGCGAUUGAAGGAUGAUGCUACCGACAAGGAGAUCAGGGAAGAUGAGCUAUACAGAAUGAUCGAGACGGAUUUCCGACCCUUCGACUACACAAUUGCGGCCUAUAAGAAGAUCACGCAGCAACAAGAAGACGGGCAGGACGGUCAACCAGUUGUAGUCGAGUGCAACACAAACGGCCUACCCGAGGAGCAACAACCACAAGCUCUCACGACAAACGACGCUCGGCCAGCUUCGCAAGCGACGGCGCAUACAACCAAUGGAGCCGUGAUACAACCAGUGUUCCAGCCUGACUCAAUGCAACAGACGCAUGCUUCUCGACCGUCCCAAGAUGGCAGUCCAAGAUCCCACAAGAGUCGUCCCAGCAGCAGCCACGGCCGCCGCGUACCUCCUGGACGUCCUCCCCCGCUACCCCCAUACCCCACCUCGUACACCAACAGCAAGCCAGGCCGUGGUGGUCCGAAGGGCCUCAUCGUGGAGAGUCCUACGGGUGGAGUGCAGGUUACGCUUGAUGGCGGUGGCAGCUGGUCUGACCUGGCACGUCAAGACGCAACGCUCCCUGCUGAUGCUAGCGGAGCUAUUAACGAGGCUGGCAAAGAAGCCGCAUCUGGAGGUGUGUUUGGUUUCCUUCGCAAGGGCAAGGGCAGAGGCAACAGCCCGAAACCGAAGGAAAGGGGUGUGCUUGGCAAAGAAGGCGCGAGAGUCGUUAUAGGCUGA